CAGAACAGAGGAACAGUGUCAGAUCUGUCACUGUGACCUUCACACUGAUAACGGAUCGAUAUACAGUAAAUAAAACCAGCACUAGAACUCUCUCUCUCUCUCUCUCUUGCUCGGCUUUUCUUUUCUAGCUGUAAUUUGUGUUGGAUGAUCUCAUUACGUGACCCAGUGGUGAGCGUUACAGACGCCGGGCCGGUGGACGUGCGAUCGGCGUGCGAGCGAUCAAGCGAGGCCGACCCGCUCGGGGGGGCACUUCCUAUUUUGCGUUGUUUUGCAUGAGAGAGCAGGAGGCUUAUUUUCGGACUUCCUCUUUAGGUGUGAAGAGCUUUUAAACUGAGCCUUUUAUUUUUGGCUGUUUAUUCGACUCUUUCUCUGUGGCGCCGUUCGGACACGAGUUUUAAUUGGGAGAAUAAAUCAGAGUGAGGGAAGACGCCAUGGAUGGGAGCUCAUUAUCUUCACUGUCAGAAGAGGAAUCUUCAACCAAACAGCCCUCCCUCCCCGAGGACACGAGCGAACACAGGACUUCUAUUGACUCGGGGCAGGUGGAGGAUUUGGCUCAGGGCGAGAGGCUCCUGUCUGGAGAGGAGCAGCUGACUCUCAUCACUGAGAGCAUGUCCAUCACCUCUGCAGAUGAGGAAAAGCUUCAGCUCCUCAACAAAAACACAGAGCUCCGGAGACUCAACAAAGAGCUGAUGAAACUAAAUGAGGACUGGGACCACAUCUACCGCAGCACCAGCGCAGGCCUGCAGCAGCGAGUAGCGGCUCUGGAGCAGGAGAACACAGCCCUCAAGCAGCUCAACAGCAGACUCCUGCUAAAAGUGGAACACGAACAGAAUAAAAGUGAGUAUUAUGAGCACACGCUGAUGCAGGAGCUGAAGAAGAAUCAGCAUCUUCAGGAGUACGUCCGCCUGCUGGAGAGCCGCCUGCAUCGCACUGAUAUGCUGAAAGACUGGACUGUUGGAACUCAGAACACGUCAGCUGUCAUCACGCCUUCGGAGCCUCAGCCCCUCGAGCGUCCCCCGAAGUCCCCCGUAAGCUUCGGGUCCACCCCAGGGAUCCCUCCGUCCACAGUCCCGCCGCCAGAGUCCCGCCAGAGGAGCCGGUCCAGCCAAGAGCUGCUUCAAAAGCACAGCAUCCCGGCCAACCCGGUUAAAGAAGUGCAGGAUCUGAAGGAGCAGCUGGAGGCUCUGAGGUGUCAGACUAAAAUCUAUGAGGCUGACUAUAAGACAGAACAUAAGGACCACGAGAGGAUGGUGCAGGAGAAUAAGAGGCUGCGGAGGCGUGAGGGGGAGAUGCGCCAGCAGAUGGCGCUGCUGCAGGAGCAGCUGAAGGUGUACGAGGAUGAUUUCCACAGAGAGCGCUCGGAUAAGCAGAUCCUGCAGAGGCUGCUGAUGAAGAAAGCUCCAGGAGGGAAGGACCCGGUGCUGGUGCAUCGCUGCAACAACGACCAGGAGAGACCAAGAGGAGAGAAGAGGAGACCCAGAGACCCCGAGCAGAGAGCUGCUUACAUCUGCCCCAAACACUGUGAACACCACGCAUAGAUAUAGAUCACACAUAAACCCACAUACGUACACACACUAGGGGUGUAAUGGUACAAAAAAUCACAGUUUGGUUCACACUUCGGUAUAAACCCCACAGUUCGGUAUGUUAUCCGUAUGUUUUCGCUACGGUUGAUAUAAAAAAUGAUGUAAAAAAAGGCGGGUCAUUCUGUAUAGCCUCACCUUUAUACAGUAUACUUCAUAAUAAUAAUGAUUCUUCAUUAUAACCAUGUUUUGGGGCUCAAGCUCUUUUUUAAAUGCUGGAAACCAGGGUUGUCUCUUAAUGCAAGAGUUAAAAUCAACUAUUAACAGAGUUAAAGUUAAAGUAACUCUUUUAACUCUUGUUGUGGGAUUUAAAAUAUUUAUCACAUCUAGAGUAAAAUACAGAUCUCAGCUGCUGGAGUUCAUUUUACCAUAAACUCCUUCACAGUGUAACAAAUAAUUGCAAAAAUGUGUGUACAAUUUUUCAUUGUAUGGCAACUUUAAUCAUGCAUUGCAUUUCUUAGUACAUUACCAGCACUUUAUCACACUUUACAGUGCAGAAGAUGGUAACUUGCUCUUAUAGCCAACAACACACCAUGAAACACCCAAUGGAAGGAAGCCCUGGUGGGUAAGACUACACACUGAUGGUGAGCUGGGAUUGGAGGACACCUCAACACCUUACAAUAAACUCUGAAAUAAACUCUACACCACCAAACAGUUCCCCUCUACUCAACUUGUAAGUUUGAGUUGGAGAAUAAACUCGCACAGUUUACACACUUUCACACAUUUUAAUUGUUAAACUCUAGAUUUUUGAACUCCAGAAAUUAGCUCAUAAGAGGUUGGAACAAACAAACAAACAAUGAUUGAGGCGCUUUAUUAAGAACAAAAGCAACAGCAGAGAGAGAGAGAGAGAGAGAGAGAGAGACAGUACGAGCGCCUAACCCUGCGUUUACACUGGAAAGUGACACGCGACCAUUCAUUUCCUAUGGCAAUUUCAAGGAAUACCCGUAACAUGACAUUUUGUAAAGAAUACACGUACCGUUAAACCCCUAAUACACACACACACACACACACACACACAGGUUAAGAAUGUACAUGUAUCUCAAUAAAAGAACACAUUAAACAUACUAUAGAACUGCUCGAAACCAUAUUUAUUUAAUGCUUUAUAUUUAGCUUGAUUGUGCCUCUUUUUCUCCACUUUUACUUGUUGAAUUAUAUUCACAUGCUCAUAUACUGUACAUGCAUAUGCUAUUUUUGUUUAAAAAACUGAAAAACUGAAUUAAAACCAAUAAAAACGUUAUUUUUGUACACAA